GAAACGAGUAAAAUUGGUGAGGCGAAUAUCGAAUCGUUGGCAGUUUGAAAAAAUUCUUCGUUGAGGAUAGAUCGCUAUUUUUUAGGAGUAAAGCAAAUUCGAACGAGUUCAACGAAAAUUUCUUGUGCUUGAAAGACACAAAACAAAUCGAUCAAAAUGUUCAAAAACCAUUUGGAAAUGAUUGGGCGCAAUGAGAGCCCCAGCAAGAAGGCCAAAUUCUGGCAAUCCUACAUCAGAUCCCUGAAGGGUUCCGAAGAUAUUCGCGCCCAUGAGACCCCAAGAGCCUCUCGCCCAUACAGCUCGUACCUGGAUACGCCCACAUACAGGAGCAUCUAUGAUGAGCCCGCCACGGCCAACGAGCGCGUUCAGUCAUCUGGCUACAGAUAUUUGCCAGUGAGCCGUGACACCUACGGUUACUCGCCACGUGCGAUUUACGAUCAUCAUUACAGCAGAACAACAAACUACGAUGCAGAGAAGGCCUGGAAUGAUCAUUUGAAGCGCAUGCAAGAAAUUGAGCGCAGAUAUCCAUCUCGCUAUGGUCUCUACUUGAGAGACAAGCCACUCACACCAAACUCUUUGGUGCCUUUGGAAUACGAGCCAGAGGAUAAGCUGUUGACAGAACUCAACAAGGCACGCCGCUCGGCCUCGCCGUUCCGUCCCAGCCGCUCCACUCGCGCUGGCAGCGAACCCUAUGUGCCACCACCGUCGUACUGGAAUCGCGAUGCUAGCGUGCCACGUGGACCAUCUGUGUUUGAUCGUGCCACUAGCCUGGCCCCGUUCACGCGGCCAAUCUUCCGCGCCAGCUCGCUGGAACCAUUGGAUGAACUCUUUGAAAGUAAGUUGCCAGCAAUUGCUGAGGCUGAGGCAGCCGGUGCAACCGGAGCAGCCAAUGCAGCUGCUAGGCCAAGCUUUUUUGAGCGCGCCGGCUCGCCCAGUCCCACUCCUGUCAAAGCCGGUCGCUGGGGACCACGUCCCACUGAAGUCGCCUAUGAUGCUGAGGGACUUCCAAUCUUCCAUCCACGUAACCGCUUCAGGGAUAUGUUGAGCCCCAGCCCCAACUUGCCGGUCUCAUCGAUUGUGCGCGAUCCCUUCUGGUGGGAUGUGGAUGAUCUGGUGCCCUUCCGUGCCACCUCGGUGCCCCGUGCCUCGAGCCCCGUGGCUCGCGAUUCGUACUUGUCGCCGGUGAAGAAUCGUUAUCUCUGGUCCAGGCAUCCAGCCAGGCCUCUGACACCACACCGCUCAAUUUUGUAAACGAACGAAAACGAACUUUAAAGCAACAACAAUUACAACAACGAAUGCAUCAAUGGGGUCCCCAAAACAACGACAAGCUUUGAUUUCCACAACAAGAACCGGAAUUCAAUGAAAGUAGCAAACUUAUCUGUAGAUUUACAAUCCUCAACAACGAUUGAAUUUUUUCAAAACUGCCAGCCCCACAACCACCGGGGCUGCCUCCAACUCAAUAUUGCCAUCAAGUGCGUACUUCCCGUAGUAACAAUAAUAAUAAUAAUAAUAAAUACAAGAAAAAUAUAUAAAAAAAAAUACAACAACAUAAAAGAAAACAUAAUCAACAACAACAACUCUCAAAAAAGUUUUUAUUUUCAAUUUUUUAGCUCAUGUCUUAGUAAUAAGUGCAAGUAUAUAAAAAACCAAAAAUUCGAUUUACAUUUAUUAUAAUAAAAAACAAAUCAGUUAUGUGCUGCUCCAGAACAUCGUGAGCGCCAUAAAUUGUUCCUUUUUUGUAUAUUUUA